AUGGAAGGCCCCCUCUCCAGAGUUAAGUCCUUGAAGAAGUCCCUGCGGCAGAGCUUCAGGCGAAUUCGCAAGAGCAGGGUGUCCGGAAAGAAGCGACCCAUCCCUGCACCAACGAGCAAGGUCCAAGAAGCCAACGCGGCGUUAGCGGAGCAGGAGGAUGUGGCUCCAGUCCAGAGGAGGAUUGAGCCGCGCUCCGCAGACGACUCGCUUUCCGGAGUCGUCCGCUGUCUUUGCUUUGCUGACACUUUUCUACGAGACGGUACGCACCAUGGUCCUACUCUGUGGGCCGGAACAAACUCGGGCAGCGUGUACGCCUACGCCCUAGAGGUCCCUGGCGUGGGAGCAGCCCGUGCGUGUGAGAGGGGAGGGCCCAAUGACAGCAGUGCCUGUGUGGAGGCCGUUCUGGGGAAGGAGAUCCAGCUCAUGCACCGCGCCCCUGUGGUCUCCAUCAGCGUUCUGGACGGGAGGGGGAAGCCUCUGCCCGAGCCCUACGAGGCCUCCCAGGACCUGGCCAUCGCUCCAGACAUGACCAAUGCACACUCGGUUCUCAUUGCCUCCGAGGAGCAGCUCAAGGUGUUCUCGCUCCCCAAAGUGAGCGCCAAGACAAAGUUCAAACUGACGGCGCACGAGGGCUGCCGGGUGCGGAAGGUGGCGCUGGUGCUAAUGGGCUCCACAGCGCAGGAGGACUACAGCGAGCACACGCUGGUCUGCCUCACCAAUAUGGGGGACAUGCACCUGUUCAACAUCCCUGCCCUCCGACCUCAGGUGCGCUAUGACUGCAUAAGGAAAGAAGACAUCAGUGGAAUCGCCUCUUGCCUUUUCACCAAGAACGGACAAGGUUUCUACUUGAUCUCGCCGUCGGAAUACGAAAGGUUUUCUCUUUCAGCUAAAGUAAUUACAGAGCCGCUCUGCGCUAUUCAACUGGACCGGCCACUCGAGCUCACACACAAUGGCGCUGGUAAACUGACAGCCAACGGAGCCCACCGGAGCCAGCUGGGACAGGCCGAGGGACAAACGAAGUCUCUUAGUGGCCUGUCCUCGCCGGUGCUGGACACUCCUCUGGACUCGCCUCUGAGCUGUGCAGACCUCACGCUGGACACCACUGGAGAGCUGACUGCAGAGGACGUCCGGGACUUCCUCACGACGGUGGACGAGGCCGAACACAACCUGAAGAACAUCACAGAAGAAGAUGCGCGAUCUCCUGGAAUCCUCAUCAACUGA